UCUAGAACUACCACGCCGCGACACCGUUGGAACGGUAUUUGGGAAAUGUUCGAUGUUUCGAUAUUUACUGACUGCACAUCUCCGACAUGUUAUGUAAUACUGUUGUGAACUUCUUUUAACCCAACGCUCAUAUAAAUAUCUAAAUAGUCCAACACGGGCGCCAUCCAUCUACGACCGCGGGGUAACAAAUAUGGCAAACAUAAUUUUGCGCAAACGAUUAGCAUUUCUCUUUACCAUUUCCAUCUUCACCAUCGCUCUUCUCUAUUUCUGGCGAGUGCAAUAUUCACCUGAAACCGGAGAGGAAAGAAUACGACCAAAGCCGGUGAUUCCGGAAAAGACUGAUACCUUCAAGGAACCAACCAAUGAGGAUAAUGCAAAAUUUGAACACUCAACAAGCUCCAUUUCCCCAUCUUCAAGCACAUCAAUCAAUUUCAUAACACAAACCUCCAAUAUGCCUACACCUGCAUCUUCCGACGUUUCUACAAAACCCAAUGUUACAACCCCGCAAGGAACAUUCAUCGGAAAACAAACUUCCAAAUACCCACAAAUCCUCGAAGAAUUCCUCGGAAUACCGUACGCAUUAUCACCAACAGGAGACCGCAGGUUUCGUCCUCCUGUUCCCGUGAAUACCUCAAAUGAAACUUUUGAUGUCACGAAACCUGCUCCAAGAUGUAUAUCCGGCCCGGAUAAUGAACCUCAAAGUGAGGAUUGUCUUCAUCUGAAUAUCUAUCGCCCUAAAGACUCAAAUUCAUCACAUGAGAGUUUACCAGUUUUGAUUCAUGUUCAUGGUGGAGCAUUUAAUUUUGGAUACGCAGAUGAUAGAGAGAUACAAUCUCUUGUGGGUUGGUCUAAGCAACCUUUAAUUGCCAUCACGUUUGAGUAUAGACUGGGUGCUUUGGGAUUUUUACCUUCAAAGUUGAUGGCUGAUGAAGGGGCUUUAAAUUUGGGUUUGAAGGACCAAAAGUUGUUGUUUGAAUGGGUGCAGAAAUAUGUUUCAAGCUUCGGUGGUGAUCCGGAUAAUGUUACGGUGAUGGGUCCGUCAGCUGGAGCUCAUUCUGUAAGUUGACUUUUAUUGUGACAAUCAUGAUUAGGCACUAGUAGCAAUAUACCCUCAUCUAGGUCUUUCAAUAGUUUGAAAUUCUGUCUGAUGAUGAGGUAUUCUAAAUUCUUAUACGCAGUUUUGUGUUGUAGGACUUACAUUAUUGAAUGAUCAGUUUGACAUGAGACCCCUCAUCAAACCCCAUUGAAAUUCCGCUGCUUUUCAAACUGGAAAGCGUCCAAAUUAGUACUGUAGUACAGAACAUUGGUACCCAAGUUUUUGUUAAUUACUAAAGUAUAUUGAAUACACCAUUGCGAAUUCUAAUGAUGACACAGAUCGGCCAUCAUCUAAUGUACAAUGAUGGCUCCCCUCUACCCUUUGCUAAAGCAAUCAUCGAAUCAGGGGGACCAACAGCUCGAGCCGUCUAUGCUUAUGACAACCCCCUCCACGAAACCCAAUUCUUAGAAUUCCUCAAAAAGCUUGACAUUCCUAGCAAUCCUCGCAGCGAAAUUCUCCCAAAACUUCGCAGUCUCCCUGUUAAAUCUAUAAAAGCUGCUUCAGAGCAAAUCUUUGAAUAUUACAACCCAUCUCUUCGUUGGCCCUUCCAACCAUGCGUCGAUGGACCUGGUCCAAACAGUAUCAUUCCAAUACCACCAAUUCAAGCAUUUUUAAACAACACAUACCAUCACAUUCCUAUCAUAACCGGUUAUAACACCAACGAAGGGUCAUUAUUCGUCCCUAAAGCGCCUAAUAACGGAAAAUCCUUCAUUGAUUUCUUUCAUGUUCUCCUACCCACUCUUUCCACAGAAGAUCUCUCACUUCUCGACUCACUCUACCCAAAUCCCGAAUCCAAUCCUAACUCUCCCUACGCCUUCAACAACACUGCUUUCGGCGUAGGAAAUCAAUAUCGACGUCUCGAUAAAGCAUACGGAGAUUUCGCAUACAUAAGCCCUGUACGCCAAACGGCUUAUUUCGCUUCCGGUGAACAUUCCUACGAAAAUGCUCCCUCAAAUUCCAGUCAACCAAAGCAAUCACCAGUAUACCUAUACCAAUACGCAGUAAAUAGCAGUAUACUCCAAGGCGCCACUCACGGAGAUCAAUCCCCAUUCCCUGUCUUCUCAUCCGAUAUAACACACGUAUCCCCCACGAUUAAAGAAAUCGCAGGCUUAAUGCAUGCUUACUGGACAUCUUUUAUUAUUUCCCCAACAGGAGACCCAAAUGCAAUCCCCGGGAGAUAUCCUACACGAAUCAUAUGGCCGGAAUAUAAAGGUGAAAAAGGCAAAAGACCAAAAAUUGUUUUUGGAAUGGGAAAUAAUGAGAUUGUGAGGGGGAAGGAGGAGGACAAGGAAAAAGGUGUGGUGGUGCAAAUGGAGGAGGAUAGGGAGGAUGAAGUAGAGAGGGAAGCUUGUGGUUUUUGGUGGGAGAGGGUGAGGUUGUGGGAGGGUUAGACUGUUUUGGAGAUGCGUGUUGUAGUUGUGAUGUGAUGUGAUGUGAUGUAUUGUGGUGUGGUGUGGUGUGGUGGUUCUUACCAUCAACAGAAAAUGAAAAGUUAUUUAAAAAUACUUUUUGGAAGUUUUAUAAUUGAGAAUAAAUAUAUAUAUAUAUAUAUAUGUAAGAUCUUAUAAUUCUUAAUCUUUUUUUAAUUCAUUUAAUAUAUACUUAUACUAUAAACAAUAUACUAUGAUAUCACUAUUUCUAUCCCCCUCUC